UCUAAACUGUCGUAAAACCAAGGGGUGUGCCUUCACUUACGGCAGGCACUCAGACAGGCUGGUGUUGCAGUGUGCUUGUCUGCUCAGAGCCAUGCAAGGCUAGUGCUGUGUGUGUGAGUGACCAUGUUAAACAGACAGGAUGAGGCGGACAGGACCCUGUUCGUGGGGAAUUUAGACUGCAAUGUCAAGGAGGAGAUCCUCUACGAGCUCUUUCUGCAGGUGAUGGGCAAGCAGCAGGGUUGUGGUGUGCAAUUGGAGAGAUGCCCCUGUGUGGGGGGAGGAGGAGGGGGACCUGGCAGUUGUACCAUGUAGAGGGUAAGCAGUGUGUCCAGUCAAUCUGAGGUGGCACAGUGUUUAUGUGUUAUCUUUUAUUUUUAUUGGGGUUGGUUAUCUUUGGGUUUUGUUUUUUUUUACUAGAGUUACUUAUGGAAAUAUGCUCAGGGCAGGGCUGCUUUGAAAACCAAAACAAAACUUUGAUCCCCUGCAUGUUAAUACACCACUGAAAGCAUCAGUAUGUUCCUGUACAUUGGAUCACAUGUUAAUAAAAGCUUAAAACAAGACAUAAACAGAGCAAAACACAGCUCUCAGCAUGGCAAGUUUUGUGCAAUACACUUCCUAUAAUCCUAAAUCACCACUUGGCUGGUUAGGGAUGAUGGUAGUUCUGUUGGUUUGAAGUGUGUGUGUGUGUACAUAUAUUUGGACUUUCUACUUUUUUUUUAAUAAUUUUUUUUUUAUUUUACCAUUGUGUGUGUGACAGAUUGAAUAUGAUGAAGUUAAGUCUUUUAUUUCCAGCUUGUGAACUCAAAGUGAAUUUCAAAUUUUAAAGGGGGGGGGGGCUAGGGACAGCCAGGUUGUGGAAUUAUUGAUUUUGAUAUUUUGGUUUAUUACAAUAUGCAAUUCCAAUGUUAAUUGUCCACAUUUUUGUGAAUACACCCCUGUUUGUCACAUAUCUAUUAGUAAAACAUCAACAUUUUCUGUAGCACUGUAAACUCCCUCCCCUCCUCAUUUCAUGAUCAGGGAAACAAAACACACACAAACCAAAAAUAUGAAAACAUUAAAUAUAUCUUUAAAUGUUUCUAAUUUGCAGCAAAUUCCCAAAGUAUGCUAUGUCUUUGCCAUGGUUCCUCUUAAAAGAACACUAUAGCAUUUGGAUCAGGUAUCUAGAUAGACCUGUAUUUCGAUUGCAGUAGUGGCCCUGGCACCAGAUUUAUUGACCUGUCCUCACCAUUUGCCAUAACCAUUAAUAAUAUAUAAAGGUUUUACUCCCUAUUUCCCAAGGCUGAUACUCCCUCUGCGCUGCUUACAUAACCACCUCUCGCCACAUCAUUGAAGAGGUGUGAAGUGGUCUGGGUGACUUUAGUGGUCCUUUAAAUUAUUAUUAUUAUUAUUAUUAUUAUUUUAUUAUUUAUAUAGCGCCAACAAAUUCCGUAGCGCUGUACAAUGGGUGGACUAACAGACACAUAAUUGAGAUCAGACCACUGACGUACAGGAACAGAGGGGUUUGAGGGCCCUGCUCGAUGAGCUUACAUGCUAGAGGGAGUGGGGUAUAGUGACACAAAGGGUUAAAGUAGGGGAAUUAAAUAGUUUGUUACAGAAGGGUUUAUUGAGUGCUUGGUAGGUCAUUUUUGACAGGUGAAGGAACGGAGUCAUGGGGUGGGGGAUGAGAAACCUGCUGACAGUUUAAUUGAUACGCUUUAAUAAAGAAGUGAGUUUUCAAAGAUUUUUUGAAGGAAUGGAGGCUGGGUGAAAGUCUGAUUGAGGAGGGAAGGGAGUUCCACAGAAUAGGUGCAGCCCUGGAGAAGUCUUGAAGGCGAGCAUCAGAGGUGGGGAUCCGGGCAAAUCAUAAAUUAUAAUCUAAUUUAACUACUGUUGAGCACAUAUACAAAGCAAACGCAGUCAAUGGUUUUUGUUUUGUUUUUUUCUGAUAAAUCUACAUACAUACGUUGAUUUUAAGCUUUUUGACCAUGUAUUUAUUUUAUGAAUGAGACCUACAAUUACUUGUUCUUUUGAGCAUAUGAGAUUUUGCUCUGUUUAAUUUUCAAGGCAAAGCUAUGAUCAAGUUGCAUGUAUUCCAUAAAUCUUUGUGCAACCAGUGUUGUGGACUGUGUUAGGUAUCUUAUAAAAAAUUACUCUAUCUACAUGCUAAAAGAAGUGUUUUGUGUCAAAUGCUUGACCAAGAUUUGGCAUGUUCAUGCACUGUCCUCACUGACUCCAUGGGAAUAAUAGGAGUUUGAGGUUGCUGUAUCUCUCUUGUGCAGAGGGAACUUUAGGGGUCUGGUGUGUCACAUUAACCAUCAAAUGUAAGCUAAUUCGAGCACGGUCCUCAUCAACCUAUUGUUUCUGUAACAUUUUGUAAUUGUCUAAUGUAUUAAAUUUCCACUUUUUAUAAUAUUAUAAAGCACUGCAGAAUAAGAUAUUAUGUAAAUGUCAAUAAUAACAAAAGAAGCAUUUGCAAACAGGUUUAACCAUUUGUUAUGCUGAUUACAUUUUGUUUGGAUUGGUGUGUGUGUGUGUGUGUGUGUGUCAGUGUCAGGAAUUGCUUCAAAAUUACAAUUUAUCAUAUUGUCCCACUGUGCAGCUGACUCAUCUUCCUCUUUCAUUUUUUUCCCUGAUCAUGUUCAAUUGCAUUUUGCUAACUGCUUGGAUUAAAAUGCUGACCUGCAUGACUCUGAUUGAGCUGGCAGUGGAUAAGUCUUGGAAGGAAGGUAGACUUGGUAUUGUGUUACUUUCUAAGUGUUCUUGGUAACCUUUACAUUUCUUGCAGGCUGGACCAUUGACCAAAGUAAACAUUGCAAAAGACAAAGAAGGCAAUUUUAAGUCAUUUGGUUUUGUCUGCUUCAAACACACUGAAUCUGUGCCUUAUGCUAUAUCCUUGCUGAACGGCAUCCGUUUAUAUGGAAGACCAAUUAAACUUGAUUAUCGUUUUGGUAAGUUGGAUAAUACAUUGAAUGAAGGAAAUACAUUGAACCUUUCUCAUGAUGCUCAUUUUUUCUUUUAAUAAUUAUAUUGGAUAUUUACCAGAUUAUACUUUAAUCCUAGCAGCUUCUACUAGAUAAUGUAGCACGCUCUCAAUAAUAAUGUUGAGAACAGAAGCUGAGGAGAAACAGUGAUUCUGCAUUUCCAUAGCAAUGUCACAAUUUAAAAUCAAGCUUAGUAUGACUGUUUGUUUUACCUCUAGAACAAGGCUGAUGAGUUCAGCUCUAGUGAGUUACUUGAGGGGUCAGUCUGCGCAAAAUCUGAAAUCUGACCCAAUAAUAUUUUGAAUGUAUUUAAAUAAUGCAUAAAAAAUAUUGGUGUCUGUAAGCUGCAACUUAUAUGUUUGGUAGCUGCGACUAGCACCUGGCAAACCCUAAGUUAGCAAGUAGUUUGACUACUUAACAUAUAAAAGUGCCAGGACAUUAUUGGCUCCAUAACCACUACUGUAGUGCUGAUUGUACUUGGAGUGUUCCUAUUAAUAUUUCACUAGGGGAAAAUAAAAACUGACGAACACCUCUGAGAACAGGUGAGGGAUACGUAAACUGCUUUACUGAGAGAUUAGGUUGUUAUAUUUCUAAGACAAUAUUCGGCUUAGAAAUAUGGUCAGUGUAAAGUUAAUAAACAGUAAAAGAGGAAAUGUAUGACAAAAAUCAAACAACGGGGGGCAGUGCUAACUGCCGAUCGACGCAGACGCACAUGCAAAGAGCUCCUGCGAGAGCAUCGCAGGUAAAAACCUGAUAAAACCAUCCGAAAUUCACCCAAAAGACGCCCAAGCACUAUGGGGAAAAAGGCUAAGCUCUGGAGAAGCGACACUGCCUCCUCAUCACGAGAUAUCGGCACUUUGCUGAGGGGGACCCUGCAGCUGAGGCACACCAAAAUGGCACCAGCGAGGGAGGACUAUGAUAUUACAUCGGAGGAGAGCGGAACAGAAGACUUAUCAUUCCCCAGCAAAAAAAAGGCAAACUCUGAACCUCUGCACCUACCUGGAAGUCGGCGGGCAAACACCAACCCUAGCCCAGAACAAACGCCGGUGAGCAAGGCCGACAUCCAAAACCUGCUGAAAGAGAUGAAAGUCCUGUUUGCUGCUGACAUCGCAUUGGUCCUUAGGUGGCAUAACAACUAGGCUGCAGGCGCUGGAGGACUCUGUCCUGCCUGCUUUGCACAAUUUCACCAAUCAGCAAUCCAAGAUAGACAAGCGCAAGCAAAUCUCCUCAUGUAAGGUAGACUUGCAGCGCUUGAAGACUUCAAGCAACAGCGCAACCUCAGGAUUCUAAGUGUCCCUAAGGACAUCAGACACCGAAGUCCCUCAUUAUAUCCAAGGCCAAAGCAAUCAUGCUGGAGAACUUUCAGAUUCCCAAAUCCUCUAGAGCCCCGGAAGGGGUCCAAAGAGACUUGCUGCCAUGCUUCCAAUCGAUACGGAGUAAGCAGCUUGUACAGGCGGCUGUUUGUGAAUCACCAAUUCACCACUUUGAAGGUGCUGAUCUCUCCUUCAAUAAUGACUUGACUAGGUCCACUAUGGUCUGGCGACGAACUCUCCACCCUGUCACUCAGCACUUGAGGGAACGUGGAGUGGUGUACCGUUGGGGCCCCGGCUGCAAGUUGUCAGUGCUCCACGACGGGCAGAGGACCCAUCUACUGUAACUGUCAGAUGCAGGGAAGUUCUUUAAAACCCUGGGACUGCCUUUGCCACAUACUGUUCUGAAUGUUACUCUGGGUGAAAGCCCCCAAGCCCAGGUGUGGAAUGAGAGCAACCCAGACCAGCAGCAGCCGAGGAAAAACCCAGCUGGCACCUGAGAAACAUCUCUAAAAAUGGCACAAGGACAGUUACCACUGGUUUACUUAUGUUUGUGUUUGUUGCUUUCCAUACAUUAAUCUUUUGUUAUAAAUGUUUCACAAUUGACCUUCUGUUAAUGCUCUUGAGAGAGACUCAUACCCCCACUAGAAGCCGAAUGUUCCAGCAUUUACAUUAUCCAUUAUAAAAUGUGCAUUGUCCAUCAGAUGUUCUAUCACAGGGAUAGGCAACCUUCAGCACUCCAGAUGUCGUGGACUACAUCCCCCAUAAUGUUCUUACAACCAUAAUGCUGACAAAGCAUCUGGAGUGCUGAAGGUUGCCUAUGCUUGUUCUGUCAUUUUCCAGCUUCACUGCAAUGUACUCAAUAUUAUCUGUUGUUGCUUUCUACGACUUGUUGGUGAAUGCACUCAAAGUAGCAUGUUAUACCUUUACCGAGUUGUAAGAUUACUUAUGUGCUACAAUAAAAUAUAAAAUAAAUAAAACCACCGUCCCUCUUGAGGUCAGAAAAUUUUAAUUGUAGAAUAAGGUCUAGGCAUAGGGAGUGUGAUAAAACAGUACAAAGAAAGUAACAGGUGUGGUUUAUAGGUAUGAAAGGGGCACAGCUGUGCAGAUUACAAUUAAGGAUUCCCAGGUGUUGCAUUAGGUGGUAACAAACAAGUCUCCGCGCAGCUCAGCUCAAUUUCAAAGACCCCAAUGGUAUAUGGGAAACCAUACAGGACCAAACAAAAAAAAAAAUUUUCCAAGCAGCCACUCGUGUAAAUAGAUCAUUGUUGUUCUAAUAGCACGUACACAGAUUCACCAUGAUUCAGGGAGAUAAUGAAGUUUAGUUAUGCCUAUUUUUGUCUUAAGUGGAACAAUGACCAGAAUGUUGUUGUUUUUUUUUUUUUUUUUUUUACCACAUUGACUGUGUAGUGAGUUUUAUACCUUGUAAUUGAAAGGGGCACUAUAGUCACCAGAACAACUACAGUUUACUGUAUUUUUGUUCUGGUGAGUAUAUAAUCAGUCCCUGCAGGCUUUUUGCUGUAAACACGAUCUUUUCAGAGAAAACACAGUGUUUACAUUACAGCCUAGGGAUAUCUCCACUGGCCACUGCUCAGAUGUCUGUUUGAGGUGCUUACUGGGACAGUGCUGCACAGUGUGACUGACAUUCAGUGUCUCCACCCUCUGCAUGAAGACACUGAACUUUCCUCAUAGAGAUGCAUUGAUUUAAUGCAUCUCUAUGAGGAGAUGCUGAUUGGCCAGGGCUGUGUUUGGCUUCUGCUGGCUCUGCCCUUGAACUGCCUCCUUUGCAAGCUCUGCCAAUCCAGUGCUUUCCUAUGGAAAAUAAUUGUGAUUGGGUAAGAUUAUUACUUCUGAUGUCAGCCAAGAAGGCAGAUUAUGAAUAAAGGUGAUAUUUUACUAAAAUUAGAGGUGCAAGGAAAGGGGUGGGGGGGGGAAGCAGGGAGCAAGAACACUAUAAGGUCAGGAAUACAUGUUUCUGUUAAUCACCCUGUAGUUUUCAUUUUAAAGUGGAGCUGUCAUUUCAUGAUUUAGAUUUUUUUUAUUUAUUUUUUUAUGGAUGAAUAGUUAUUCUCCCAAAAUCCGUUCCACUCAUUACUUUGGUUGAGUGGAGCUGCUUUGUAAACUGGAACAGUUCUCUGUUUACUGAACUUGAGUGUAUGAAGUUCUUGGCAGAAACACAGACCAUUUCUUUGCUCUGUUUCGUAGGAGGUGGGAUAGCUAAUCCCAAAUUUUGCAUGUGGCAUGCAAACUCCCACUCCAAACUUAGACAAAUAUAACACUUACCUCCCCACCCACCCCCAAUAUAUUGAUGCUCAUGUACUGUAUUUCUUUUUUUUUUUUUUUUUUUUAAACAGAUGAGUUUUCUUUGUGGUUUAAACUGAAAUAUGAAUUGAUUAAAAGAAAGGUUUAUAUCUUUUUACUUGGUUUAUUCAUUUAUUAUUAUUACAUCUGUUCUUGUUACGUGCUCCAUUUUUACUAUAGCAAGUCCCCGUUUAACGAGUAUCACUUCCCAUCACUGCGAAUGAUAUGACCAUGUCUGUUCUUGUGGCUUUUCUUCUGCGGUCUGUAAUUGUCAUAGAAGUGUCAUUAUGAGUGAGACAUUUCACACUGUCACAUAUAUUUGUUUUCUAAGUGAUGGAACAUGGAGAAUAUUGUCUUAUCAGUCUUAUACUGGCUGUACGUUUACUAAUAUAAAAUUCUUUAACUGAGAUAUAUUAAAAACAUUGUUACAUCCUUUGGCAUUAUAUCUGCUUAACCGACUAUACCAUGGCAACACUGCUUUUUGCCUUUUUUUAUUUUAUUUUGUAUUCUUGUUCUAGGUAACUCUCGCUCUUCUGAAUCCACCAGUCCCUUGCAAAGUCCAGAGAAUGGUUUUGUUGCCAAUACACCUGGCUCUGGGUGAGUGUUUUCUUUACAGCUGUUAGAUUAUUCAGGGAUUACUGGCAAACUUCUUUUUUUUUUUUUUUUUUUGACACUCUGAGCUCUCUAACCACUAAAGUGCAUUAGCAAUAACGAUUCUCUCCAUCUUUGGGUGGAAUUUAUAGGCUGCCAAUGGUAAAUUUCAGUUAAAAUUAGACAAAACUAAUGCUGGAGUGAAUUAAUGCUUCAGAAAUACCUGUGAACAUGGGCCAGGCCAUUGGCACCUGGUGUACUGAGGUUAAUUGUUUUGAAUCUCAACAGUCGGAUGGUACCAGUGUCCUUCUGGUACCAUAACCACUGAAUUAUACUGCAGUGGUUAUGGUGCUUAACCCCUUAAGGACACAUGACGUGUGACAUGUCAUGAUUCCCUUUAUUCCAGAAGUUUGGUCCUUAAGGGGUUAAAAAGACACUUUAAUAACACAUCCUAAAGUAUAUUUUAUUAACCGUACACGGCUGAAGGUUAAAAUCAUAUGUGCAAUGCUGACAUUCUGCUAUCUGGUUCUUAUAUCAGUUUGACAAUUUUCAGAGCAAUUCAUCAGUCCGGGGCAAAACCUUAUUUAAGUUCUGAGAUUUCAGUUAAAAACACUCAAUUGGAGCUUGGGAUAAAAAUUGUAUACACAAGGCCAUUUUAUCCAUUAUAUGUGUGGUUCAAAUCUGACCACUACAGUUACUCUUUACUUACUCCACUAUAUAUGUGUAAAACACUACAAACAACUUAAAUUGUAUUUUUUUUUUGUCAUAUUUUAAUCUUGACUUAUAUUAACAUGAUCUGCUUUAAAAGUGUUAUUUUCUUUUUCACUUGCAGCAUGGUCAGAGGUGGAGACAGUUAUCCUCUGUCGCCCUCAAUGGCCGGUAUAGAUAAUGGCUAUUUGUCACAGGCAUAUUUAUACUUCUGUAGUAUGGUAAGUUCUGUGAUUCUCGUUUGUUUUUAUGUUUUCUAAUGUAUUUUUUGUGCAAGAAGCCGUACAAUUUCAAAUCUCUUCUUCCUAGUCUGUUGUAAAGACUUGGUUUAUGUGAAAUGUUAGUACAAUUAUUAAUGUACUGAAAUUGCUUUUCUCAAACCUCUGGAUUUUGAUUAUUUCUGAUGACUUAAAGGUAGGCAGACAAUGUAAUAGAGCAGCAGGAAAUGCUAGUAGAAUGCUUGGUUGUAUAGGGAGCAGUAUUAUCAGUAGAAAGAGGGAAGUGCUCAUGCCAUUGUACAGAACACUGGUGAGACCUCAGUUGGAGUAUUGUACACAGUACUGGAGACCGUAUCUUCAGAAGGAUAUUGAUACCUUAGAGAGGGUUCAGAGAAGGCCUACUAAACUGGUUCAUGGAUUGCGGGAUAAAACUUACCAGGAAAGGUUAAAGGAUCUUAACAUAUAUAGUUUGGAGGAAAGACAAGACAGGGGGAUAUGAUAGAAACAUUUAAAUAUAUAAAGGGAAUCAACACAGUAAAGGAGGAGACUAUAUUUAAAAGAAUAAAAACUACCACAACAAGAGGACAUAGUCUUAAAUUAGAGGGACAAAGGUUUAAAAAUAAUAUCAGGAAGUAUUAGUUUACUGAGAGGGUAGUGGAUGCAUGGAAUAGCCUUCCAGCUGAAGUGGUAGAGGUUAACACAGUAAAGGAGUUGAGGCAUGCUUGGGAUAGGCAUAAGGCUAUCCUAACUAUAAGAUAAGACUAGGGACUAAUGAAAGUAUUUAGAAAAUUGGGCAGACUAGAUGGGCCGAAUGGUUCUUAUCUGCCGUCACAUUCUAUGUUUCUAUGGGUGGUAUUUUGUGUAUUCCUCAUUCUUGGGUCCUGUACCACAGGCUUGGUAGACUGGGGAUUCUGCACUUUUUAUUUUAGCUGUUCCUAGAACAGGGAUAGGCAGCCUUCGGCACUCCAGAUGUUGUGGACUACACCCCUCAUAAUGCUCUUACAUCCGUAAUGCUGGCAAAGCAUCAUGGGGGGCGUAGUCCAAAACAUCUGGAGUGCUGAAGGUUGCCUAUGCCUGUCCUAGAACAUCUCAGUUGGCCCAUCUGUAAUCUUCUGAAGCCAAUCUCCCAUCAAAAUUCCAUGAAACAUCCACAUUUUAAACAUGUUUACUACAGGAAAAAGGACAUAUGUUCUAUGUCGACUAGUUUUUUUUUAUUAUUGUGUGUGUUAUUAUUAUUUAUUUAUUUAUAUAUAUAUAUAUAUAUAUAUAUAUAUAUAUAUAUAAUGUGUAUAUAAAUUUUUUAUUUUUUUUUUACUUUUUCCUGUAACAAAAUUUAUAAACACACUGAAUUGCUAUUUUUUUGUUGUUUUUGUUUUCUUUUUCCCAGAUGAACCCGUUUUUAGCUUUUCAGAAUGCUGCUUAUGGAUUAAUGGCCCAGGAAUCCCCAAAUUACAUGCCAAGUCUUCAAUGGAACAAGGACAGUUUCUUUCAAGCCUAUGAAAAAUCAGGAUCUAGUUCCACUGCUGGACCUAGUUCUGUCAACUGGGGCCAGACAAACCCAAACAACUCCAAAUGGUGCCAAAGACCAGAGGACACUAGAAAAAGAAAAGCAGAUACAGAAGCCAGGGAAACCAGUAGUGACGAAUCAGUCUGUAGCAGCAAUCCACCAGAGCAAACUCAAACAUCUAAAAAGCACAAUGCUAAAAGAAGAUGUUGAUUUUAUGUUGCACUAAAUCCAAGUAGUCCUUGAUCUGUUGUAGGACUGCAAUUUCUAUGGCGCUUUGCUAGCUUCAAAGUUAAGAAAGCCCCAUGAUGAGUUGUAAUUCUAGAACAGCUGAAGAUGUACCUGUUGGCCACCCAUGUAGUAAAAGAUGAUUGUCCAAUAUGUAGAAUUCUGCUACACAAUGGACCAAAGCUAAAGUAUCCGGUGUUAGAAGCUGUGAGUUAUGACUAUAUUUUGCUAUUUAUGCAAAUCUCCUCUGCACUUUCUAUGGGUCAAAAAAAUAUUUUAGUAAUGCAAGAAUAGACUAAAAUCUUGUGGGAUUUAUUCACUAAACGUGUUGUAAGGAAUUGAAAACUAAAUUGCAAAAUUGAAGCUAAAAUAACACUGCAAUUGUUGCCCAGUUAGAGAAUUUUUACAAAAUCUGAAUUUUCAUCUCUAAAUUAUGCAAUUUGUUUUUAAUUUGCUGCAAUUCAGUGUCUAGUGAAUAACCUCUUCUGAAUGCACAGCAUAGACUUUGCAUUAUCGUGUUUCUCCUAAGAUUAUACAGUUACGGCUUAUAUAGCACAUUUUGUUUAUGAGAGGUGAAAUAUAGCUACAGUUUUUCCAAGUACACAUUUAGAGAUGCAAUUUGAAAAUAUCUAUUCACAUGUUUGUUUAUGUCACUAUUUGUUUCGGUUGAAUAUUUAAAAUUGUUUGCAAUGCAGCAAAGAGUGGUUUGUAACCACCAUGUUAGGGUUGUAUUCUUUAGUAUACUGUACGUCAAUUUGAUUGUAACUCUAGAUAUGCUGUAUGGCUCUUUAUAAGUUUGUUGGUUUAACUAAUAUUUAAAUAAACACAUACAGGGGAUUAUUCAUUAAUGGCUGACUUUUUAAUCAAAUGAGGUUUAGGUUCAAAUUGUGUCACUUGCCCUUCGUAGGACAAAGGAAGACAACAGGGGCUGACCUUUUGCAUAAUUGUGUUUUUAUAUAUUAUGAAAAAUAAUUAAUUUAAAAAAAAUUCUUACAGAUCAUGGAGCUAGUUUCAGCUUAUUUGUAGGUGAACAUUUAAAGGCUCUCUUCAGUGUGGUAAUUUAAUUAUCAACUACAAAGUUAGCGCCCGUACCGCUGCUACCAAGGAUGUAAAAGUCUUCAAUCAGUAGAUUUGGGUGAUGACUGUCCUCAUGUGUAAGCAAAGCAAACCUGUGUUUAAUUCUUUCACAACAACUGUUAUCAUUCCAGUUUGCCUUUAUUAGUCUCAUAAUUAAUUGCAGUCUUUUCCUUUUUCUCUGCUUGUGUUUUUUUUUUUUUAAUACUUUAUUUUUGUUGUGCUCAGGUCAACAAUAAAGGCUUGUCUAGCCACAACUGCAUCCACAAGC